AUGACUAGUGAAUUUUUAUAUUCUUGUCUAGAGAAAAAAUCAGCGAAAGCGACGGCAUCCACCAUAACAGGUAAGUAUUGGCAUUGUAACUGUUGAAGGCUUGACCUAUCCAACAGAUAUGUCCAGAAGAUGAUGUGAAUUAGUGCUGAAUGUAAGUAUAAAUAAAGCAGAGUGGCAUAACUUCCCCCGACUUACUCCUUGAAACUCCUGAAAAUCUUUAACUUUAAAUUUAUAUAUAUAUGUGAGUAGAAAAGGAACAGACAAACCUUAAACAAGUAGAAUAUAAAAAUGUGCAUACUUUUGGUUCUUUGUUUAGGUUUGUUGUUAUUUACCACUUUUGUGAGCAUUAUCAUUUUAAUUACCUACAAGUAUUUGUGCAAUUUUUAUAUAUUAGAAAAACGUUGAAUUUUUAUUGAAAAUGCUAAUAGUGAAUUACUAACUUUGGUUUUGUGUUCCUCUCUAAUUUAGGACGGAAUGAUGGAUCCCAGGCAUCGACAACUGCUCGGGCCAAAGGACCAUCUACAACUGCGACAACAGGUAAAAGCUUAUCCACCCUUUUUUUUGGUUAUUACCAUUUUUCAUGCAUGUGAGCAUUAUCAAGUAUUUCUACAAUUUUUAUAUGUUCGAAAAACGUUGAAUUUUUAUUGAAAAUGCUUAUAUUUUUGUGUUCCUCUUUUAUCCAACCUUUCUUUUUGUUAUUACCAUUUUUCAUGCAAAGAUUUAUUUAUUUAUUUAUUUAUGUAAUUUUCCCAUAUAAAAUAAAUUCGUAACGCACUGUUACUGUUAAUUUGCGCUUCCCUUAAAAAUGGAUGGGCAAUCAUCAAAGCAUAGGUAUGAUAUACAGAAAAGAACCUUUAAAAAAAUAGAAACAAAAAAUUUAUCACUAGUUUUUCAACUUCCAUGCGUUUCAUUCCUUUGUCUGUUCUGUUAUUAGUUACCACCAUCAUUAUCACCAUCGUUUUAUUGACUUUACAGUGUUUGUAUAAAUUUUAUAGAUGAGAGCAACGUUGAAUUUGUAUCGAGAAUGCUAACACGUGGAUUUAAUUAGUCAAAGUAUUUUACUGUUUUUAAAAUGUUGCAUCUGAACGUUUGGUUCCAUGCCCUAUCUGAGACAGCCUCUUCUUUUAUAUAUCAAAUAAGGGGUCACGUCAGGGAAUACCGUCACUGAAUAUCCCUUGGCAGACGAUGUACAUGCUGGCAAGCCUAACUUGAUUGUGAUUGUUGUGGUGCUACUGGCCAUUUUCAUUCUGCUCCUUGUAGUCGCUUUCGGACUAAUGUUCUUUCGCAGACGUCGGCGCCACGAUAAACAAUGUAAGUGCCUUUCACUUUGUUUUCUUUUGUUUCGUAUCUAA